AUGGCCUACGUGGUGCCGAUUCACCGGGCGAGCGGCAUUAGGCAUGCUGUGAAGCUGAAUUUCAUGAAUGCUGAGGAGGACUGCUUGGUAGUAGCAAAAGCCAACCGUCUCGAAUUCUACACCCUCACCCCCGAUGGCCUGAUCCUGGCCCAGACCCGCGCGGUAUACGCCCAGGUCACCAUGCUCGCCCGACUCCCAGCACCAGCCAACUCGCCGACCGACCACCUCUUCGUCGGCACAGACCAAUACAACUAUUUCACACUUGCGUGGGAUCCCGAGAAACGCAAAGCCCGGACAGCUCGCAGCUACGUCGAUAUCACAGAACCCUCAGCCCGCGAAUCACAGACCGAAGCGCGGUGUCUGGUCGAUCCAAGUGGGCGCUUCAUGACACUGGAGAUCUACGAGGGUGUGAUCGUGGUGAUUCCCAUCGUUGAGCCAACAAAACGGAAGGGUCGGGUCUCACAUGCCGCACAUCAGGCUGAUCCGCCGCAGGUUGGCGAGCUCGGUGAGCCGACAUCCUCGCGGAUCGAUGAGUUGUUUGUGCGGUCAUCGGCGUUUCUGCAUUCUGGGUCUAAUCAGCCCUGGUUGGCGCUUUUGUAUGAGGAUAAUCAGAAGACGAUGCGAUUACGGAUUCGCGAGCUGGAGUAUAGUCGGGCGACGUCGAGUGGACCGGCAGACGCGACGUUUAAAGAGGUCCAGGAGAAAAAGUUGGAUGGGGGUGUUUUUGCACAUGAGCUAGACUCGGGUUCUUCGCAUUUGAUUCCCAUUCCGGCUCCAUUGGGUGGUCUGAUCGUCCUGGGAGAACGAUCUAUCAAAUACAUCGACGAUAAUGCGAAUGAUAUGAUUUCGCGAGAACUCGAGGAAUCAACCGUCUUUGUGGCCUGGGAGAAAGUCGAUAGCCAACGUUGGUUACUCUCGGAUGACUACGGUCGGUUAUUCUUCCUGAUGUUCGUGCUGAACAAUCAAGGCAACGUCGAGGACUGGAAAUUGGAUUACCUUGGAAGCACAUCUCGGGCUAAUAACCUGGUGUAUCUUGGUGGGGGAAUCUUAUUUGUCGGCUCGCAACAGGGUGAUUCUCAGGUACUUCGCAUCAGUGAUGGCUCUUUCGAGGUGAUUCAGACUUUGUCCAACAUUGCACCUAUUUUGGACUUUACCUUGAUGGAUCUGGGCAAUCGGACGAGUGAAGUUCAGACACAUGAAUUCUCAACAGGGCAAGCUCGAAUUGUUACUGGAUCGGGUGCUUUUGAUGAUGGAUCUUUGCGAAGCGUCCGGAGUGGUGUCGGCAUGGAGGAACUGGGUGUCCUUGGUGAAAUGGAUCACAUUACUGAUCUAUGGGGCCUACAGGCUCAAACUUCGGGAGAGUUCCUCGAUACACUACUGGUCACAUUCGUUGAUGAAACACGAGUAUUCCGCUUCAGUCCUGAGGGAGAAGUCGAAGAGCUCGAGGACUUCCUUGGGCUCUCUUUGGCAGAAAGUACGCUGCUAGCCGCCAAUCUACCAGGGAGUAGGAUUCUGCAGGUUACAGAGAAGAGAGCUGUGAUUGCUGAUCUCGAGAGCGGCAUGGUGACUUUUGAAUGGACACCUCCGACCCAGAAGGCGAUUACUGCAGCCUCGGCCAAUGACGACCACCUGGUGCUUGUGAUCGGUGGCCAGAUCCUGGCGACUUUUAAUAUCCAGAAUGAUGCCCAGCUCAUCACGGAGAAGGAUAUGGGUACAGAACAGCAAAUCUCUGGCGUGACAGUCCCGUCCAAGCCUGCAGGAGUUUGUAUUGCUGGAUUCCCUCAAUCCGCCAAGGUGUCCAUCUUAGACAUCAAGGAUCUAUCCGAGCUUCAAAGCCAGUCACUAGGCCUGACAGGGGAAGCAUUUCCUCGAUCCGUCCUGGUUGCAAAUGUUCUAGCUGAUAGCUCGCCUACCCUUUUCAUCUCGAUGGCCGAUGGCAGUGUGAUCACCUUCGCACUGGACCCGCAAACAUAUGCCCUGACCGACAUGAUGAAGUUGAUCCUGGGAUCAGAACAACCGACCUUUAAAAGUCUCCCCCGAGGCGACGGCUUGUACAACGUCUUCGCCACCUGUGAGAACCCGAGUCUCAUCUACGGCUCCGAAGGGCGGAUUAUAUACUCUGCCGUCAACUCCGAUGCAUCUCGAAUUUGCCAUUUGAACCCAGAGGCCUUCCCAGGAUCCAUCGCCGUGGCCACAGUCCGGGAACUCAAAAUCGCGCUCGUGGAUAAAGAGCGCACGACACAAAUCCACACAUUACCAAUGGGAUCGACUGUGCGCCGUGUCGCCUACUCACCAUCCGAAAAGGCGUUUGGUCUGGGCACUAUCGACCGCAAACUGGAGGGCUCUACGGAGGUCGUGACGAGUCAUUUCGUGCUCGCUGACGAGAUUCUUUUCCGUCGUUUGGAUGCUGUCAAACUGAAUCCAGAUGAACUCGUUGAGAGUGUCAUCCGUGCCGAGUUCACAGCUGGCCAGGAUGAGAAUGGAAAAGAGCUCAAGAAGGACAGGUGGGUUGUCGGUACGGCGUACCUGAAUGAGGAAAAAGAAGGGGCAAUCCGCGGGCGGAUCCUGGUAUUUGAAGUUGAUCACGGCCGUAAAUUGACCAAGGUCGCCGAGUUGGGCGUUAGAGGUGCUUGCCGGGCGUUGGCUAUAAUGGGUAAUCGUAUUGUUGCAGCAUUGGUCAAGACUGUUGUUGUCUACAAGGUGAUCAACAACAACUUCAGCUCCUUGAAACUCGAAAAGACUGCUACUUACCGCACGUCAACGGCACCCGUCGAUCUAACAGUCGUCGAUGAUUUAAUCGUGAUUGCCGACCUGAUGAAGAGCGUCUGCAUCGUUCAAUGGAGCCCGGGCCAGAACGGCGCCAACGACAAACUGGUAGAAAUAGGUCGGCACUACCAGACUGUUUGGAGCACGGCUGUCGCCUCCAUCGAGAAGGAUAUGCUCCUCGUUAGCGAGGCCGAGGGUAACCUCAUCGUGCUGUCUCGUAACCAGGGCGGCGUCACCGAACAAGACAAGCACCGUCUCGUCCCUACGAGUGAAAUCCGACUAGGUGAAAUGGUCAAUCGGAUUCGUCCUAUUAACAUCCAACAACUCGCCAGUUUGACGGUAACACCGAGAGCUUUCCUCGCAACGGUCGAAGGCUCCAUCUACCUCUUCGCCCUCAUAAACCCAGACCACCACGACUUCCUCAUCACCCUCCAAAGCGUAAUCGCCAGUAAGAUCGAUUCUCUCGGCGAUCUACCCUUCGACAAAUUCCGCGCCUUCCGCACGCUCACCCGCUCCGCAGAUGCUCCUUAUCGCUUCGUGGAUGGCGAGUUACUUGAACAGUUCCUCGAUUGCGAGGCUGCGUUGCAGGAGGAGAUUAUUGCUGAGGUGGGAUCGAGGGAUGUUGCGGAGGUUAAAGGGAUGAUUGAGGCGUUGAGGCGGUUGCAUUGA